GAGUGACUGACAAAUGCGAGUCUCAGUGAGUGUUAUCUCAAAUCAGUUUUCAUAUAAGAAGUCUUCACAACGAGAUAUUUGAGUUCUGUUCUUGGAUUUGAUUUAAAGUGAAAGUAAAAGCAAUUAAAUAAUGCCUUCAAAGAAGAUAAUAAUAACUGAAUUCGACGCUUACAAUGAGCGCAUAGAAUUCGGGAACAAAUACAUUAUGAACAAAGAGCCAGCGCUAAGAAAAGGGCACUGGAGUGCGGGUUUGGCAUCAUUACUGGCUUUCACUCAUUUGAAAGACAAAAAAGAGAAAACAAAACUUCCUAAAUGUCAGGAAAGAAGUUACGAUCAAAUGAAACUGAGUUUAAGUCACGAAAAUCCGGCACUCAAUAAGAGUUUGAGUUCAGAAUCCAUAAGAAUUCCGAACCAAACGCUGUUUAUUGACCAACGAAUCGAUUCGCCGCUAAAACUGUCCAAAAGUGAUAGCAUUGACACCAUAUCCGAUGAUUAUAAGAGUGAUAUCAUCAGCGAUAUGUCUGCUUCAGGCUCUCACACCUCGGAGGACUCUUCGAGUAUGUCUUCGUAUGAAUGCGAAUCACUUGCCGACACAAAUGAGAGCCACAAUUGUGAGACCGUUCGUGUGAUUCAACGAUUCGGCGGUGGAUUUCAGGACAGCUGUCUCUUCCCAUUAGCUCUGACUCUGGAUUUGAGUGAUUUGACUAAAGGAAAGGUGACCUGGGAUACUAUCAACAGUAAAGCUGAUCUGACACUCAGUAAAUGGUGUUCACUCAACUCACGGAAAGUGAACCGGGUUCUUUCCAUUGCCACUGACUUUGUUUGCCCGGAUCCUUCACUUCAAAACAAAUUUCUAUUGCAAUCAAAACAUAUCGGAAAACCAUUGAAACGCUGGAACUCUUAUGAGGACUUGUAUGCAUUGAAUCGCCAGAAACUUCCGACUAAUAAUGCAUUCAAUUCAUUGGUGGCGACCGACGACUCCUUCUUUACCCGUCAAUCAUUCAAAGCCAUCGCAAGUAUUGACUAUGAAUUGAAAACUAAUUGCAAGAAACGGAAAGCUAGCCAAUCAUCCGAAGAUUCAUUAGAAAAGUGUGAUUACGAGACCAUUAUAUUACAGCCGAUCUCUAGUCCCGUGUUUGCGAAGAGAGCCAAUAGUUUAGUACAAAAGCCGCGAAUUGAAGCGAAAAGUUUGCUGCAAAACAUAAGAGCCAAUAGUCCACAAUCCCUGGCCCUAUAUAUCACCGAAAUUGACAAACAAUGCUAUUUGCAACUCAAAGAUUCACAACUAUUUCAGUGUAUGGCCGGGGAAUGCGGUUUAGAUCAGGUUGCGUGUAUUCUGCGAAAACUUAGAAACUGGCAAUCAUUGGUCACUGUUAUCCGAGCCCUACAAUCACCUAAAAUCUACUUUAUGGAGGAGGCCUGGAUGGCCAUGAAGAAUGCCUUUCCCAUACACUUCAAUGAUUACCUAAAACUGUGUCGAUUGGUUCGUCUCAACGAAACCUGUAUAAUAGGCUCAACAUUUGGUCCCAGUAUUCCUACAUUAGCUGCACUGCUCUCCAGACUAAGCAUUCACUGUAUCGCCACUUGGGAUCUCUUGGAACAUAAGCGCCGGUGGACUGAACAGCCAUCCAUUGCAGGUUGGGUCGAUAACGAGCUGAUCGGGCAAUUGGUUGAGUCCCAGAAAAUGAGGCAAAGACAACAGGAACGGUAUAUGUUGUCAUUAGAUGACAGUCUCUACACACUAAACGGUGAGUUGCUAGGCUAG